CAGCACUGCAGUUAUAAAUAACUUGGUCUUUUUAAUGGGGUCUUAUCGCAUUCAUGUAUUGUGGUUAUACUGGAAUAGAAGAGUCCGAAAUUAAAGAUUUGUUUGCUGCUGGAAAAAUCUUAGGAGUUUAUGGUCUUAUUCAGAUGGGAAAAUUGCAAGGGUCAAUGAUGAAAGAUACCAAGAGUGGUGAAUUUGAGAAGUUUCAGCUUGGCGAUACAGGUGAAUCUACAAUGGAUCGCCCGAUAGUUUUUAUUCGGAGCAAACACAAGUACUUUGGUCCAUCAAAGAUUCCAAUUGUUGUUGAUGUGCAGCCACCAAAACCUACUUCUAAAGCACAUAUAAUUCGAAAAGAAAAUAAAAUAACACCAGCACCACCAACACCACCCGAAAAAAAAUUUAACAUUGAUGAGGCAAAAACUAGUGAACAAGUUUUAGAUCAGACUCUUGGAGAGAAACCAGAAAUUCUUCCUGGAGAUGAUGUUGAGAUUCUCCGCAUACCUUUUGAGCUCAAAAACAGUAAACCUGUUAGAAAUCAAAUCAAGGAAUUUAUCGGAGAAACGAUGCCCGAAUUGAUUUUGAAGCCUAGGAGAGGUCGACCUAGCACCAAGCAUAAUACGGAACGCAGUUUGAUCAAGAAUAAUAAUAUGUUCCAAAUUACAUUGCAUAAUUCGGAUGACGCAUUGCAAAACGAAGAGAACGCGUCAAAGAAAACAAUUUCAAAAAUGGAGAAGCAAAUGUACGGUCGAGAUAUUCAACAACAAUUUGCCAUAGAACAAGCGGUCAGUAGUAUUGCUGGACUGGACUCUCCUGAUGAUGAGGACUCUCCUCCUCGACAUGAAUUUAAUCAUCCUGUUAUAAAUCUCCAAAAUGUUCACCAAUUUAUGAAAAAAGAAACUCCUCCUAAAAAAUUAUUACCAGAUUUGAACAUAUUAUCAGAAAAAGAAUUUUAUAAAACUCCUUCGAAUCCGGCACCCAUGAAGAUCUCUAAAAUUGAGGUUUUAAGUACUAAUAAAAAGUCAGAGUGUGACAAGUUAGUUAACGCGAAAAAUCCAAAGUAUGAAAAUGGACAUGAUUACAAAAUCAAGAUUUCAGAAGAUUUACAGAAGAUUACAGAAUCAGAUUUGCAUUCAGAUGAAACUAAAAACAAAGAAUAUGCAACAAUUAAUAAAAAACACGAACAGAAUGAAGAUCAGUCAGAAGUAAAACAGGCUGAAAAUUCUUCAGUGGAUUAUGAAAGUGCUAAUUUGAUUCUUAAUCAGUAUGAUUACAAUUUGGACACUAGCUUAUUUAGAAAUACUGGAAAUUUGAGUGAUGAAUACUUGCUGCAAUCUGCUUUUCCUGAUCUACAGAUUGAAUAUAAUUCCGAUUCUAACACAAUAAGUAUUCCUGAUCCACAAGAAUCUAAUUUCGCAAAAACUCAAAAUACAGAAGCAAAAUCAGGGGAAAAUGAAACGCUGAACACAAAUGGGACAACGGUAACAAAUGUGUCUCAAAAUACAGCAGAAGACAGAAGUAGCGAUCAUGAAGAUACACAUUCAAAUCAUUCAUUAGUUUACUAUGACUUUUGCAAUGAAAUGGCGUUGCCAUGUAAUUUCAGCCCUAUACAUGAUGAUUUUCUUUUCUCAAGUGAUACUGAUUUCUUCGAUUCCGGCAUUUUUGCAAAUCCGCGUGCCGAUGAUGAUUUGGAAGCUCUGAUAAUUGAUAGUUAUAGCAGACUAACUGACACUGGAGCUCCAGUUAACUGGAUUAACGAUAACAAUGACAAUGCAUUUUUGGACACUGAUCUCAGUCACGAUAAUGAGUGCCCAACACCGACAGAUCAAUCGAAAACGAGUGAUAAUGUUAGUGUUGGAUCAUGUUCAUCUGGCCAAAUGGCACACGAAAAAGUUGCAGGAUAUGAAUGCGUCACUCCCACUGUGAACAAUAUUAUGGAUACGCCCUCACCCCCAGAUGUUGACGAACUUUUUACAUUCGAUAUAGAUGCGGAUGAUUCGAAUUCUCCUUUGAAUAUGGAUUUUUCUCCUGAGUUUUUAGACGAAGAUGUGGAUUUCGAUGUUCUUGAAUUCCUAGAAUCAACUGCAAUUGCUACAAGUGAUAUGGAGCGAACUCCAGGGAGUUCUCCAACAAUUUCUGGCUCAAAUUCGUCUCCAGAAAAUAGAACAUCUUCUAGUUCCUCGUUUGACGACACGCCCAAGAAACAAAAAUAUCUUGAUCUACAAGAAAUUUGAUAUUUUAAACAUUAG